AUGGGGUGUGGUGCCAGCGCCAUGGCGCCAGAGGACGAAAAAGACUUGUUCUUGCAGAGCAAGAAGGCCAAUGAAGCUAUCGAAAGGUCUCUACAGAUGCAGAAACAGAAGGAAAACAAAGAAAUCAAGCUGUUACUCUUGGGAGCCGGAGAGUCCGGCAAGUCUACGGUAUUAAAACAACUGCGACUGUUGCAUCAAGGUGGGUUCAGUAACCAGGAACGCAUCCAAUACACGCAGGUAAUUUGGGCAGAUGCGAUUCAGUCCAUGAAGAUCUUGAUUAUUCAAGCACGGCGACUGGGAAUCCCUCUGGACUGUGAUAACCCACAGACCAAUCGACACCUGUUCGAGCAGAAACGUCUGUUGUUGAAGGCCAAGCCACUGGAAUUGAUCGAUGCAGGUUUGGCAGGAGGGUCCGGGUUCCUGAACGAUUACGUCUUGAAGUAUUCGGAGACUAGCGAGAAGAAGCGACGGGGCCAAAGCACAGGACGAGCACAAGCAUUUCGCUACAGUGCAGGACUGGAGCACCAGCAAGGACAGGGCCAGAGACAGGGCCAGGCUCAACAAAUGGACUUGGUCCUGGAUCUGGAUCUGCAAGAACUGUCACAAGGGUUGAACGAGGGCGAGGCCAACCCAGCGUUUGCUCGACAACAACAACAGCAGCACCAACAGCAACAGCCCGCGAGCACGGCAGCACAAGUGGCUGAGGCCAUUCAAACUCUUUGGCGACAAGACCGUGGAAUUCGCCAGUGUUUCGCACGGUCCAACGAGUUCCAACUGGAGAGCUCUGCAGAGUACUACUUCGAGCACAUUGACCAGUUUGCGACGCCCGGCUACGUAUGCUCAGAUGAGGACAUUUUGAAGGGCCGGAUCAAGACCACGGGCAUCACGGAAACCACGUUCAGCGUGGGAUCGUCGAGCCUCAAAGUGCUGGACGCUGGAGGGCAAAGGUCUGAGCGUCGUAAGUGGAUCCACUGUUUCCAGGGCAUCACCGCAGUUCUAUUCGUGCUGGCAGUGAGCGAAUACGAUCAAAUGCUGUUCGAAGACGAACGCGUGAAUCGCAUGCACGAGUCUAUCAUGCUGUUCGACACUCUGCUGAGCUCGAAGUGGUUCGCAGACACACCUUUCAUUUUGUUUUUGAACAAGACCGACCUCUUCCGCGCGAAGCUGACUCGGUCACCGAUCCGUCAGUUCUUCCCACACUAUCAGGGUCGUGUGAACGACGCAGAGGCCGGGUUGAGAUACUUCGAGAACGUAUUUUUGAGUUUGAACAAGACUCAACGUCCCAUUUACGUGCACCGGACGUGUGCGACAGAUCCACAGAGCAUGCGAUUCGUAUUGACCGCGGUCGCCGACUUGGUUGUUCAGCAGAACUUAAAGAAGAGCGGGCUGCUGUGA